AUGAUUAUAAGGCAUCAAAAGAUUAAGCUGUCAUCAGUGGCAGUCAUUCUAUUUGGAGUACUCAGUUUAGCACAAAUUAUUAAAGCACAAAAAUGUAGUUUUCCCGGCGCCCCAGCACACAGCAGCGUCACCUUCACAGACGAAACGCUCGAUAACGGAGCCGUCGCCUCAUAUUCCUGCGAACGGGGCUUCGAGCUGCUGGGUCCCUCACGAAGGGUCUGCGAUCACGGUUCCUGGGUACCUGAAGGUGUUCCAUUUUGCGUUUUGAAUGUCGCCGCUGGAAAAGCACCCAUGCAAAUAUCCACCGAUGGCACUGGAAUCCCCCAAAAGGCCAUUGACGGAUCCACAUCGGCCUUUUACUCGUCCGAAACGUGCUCGCUGACGAAACCGGAACGCGUUCCCUGGUGGUACGUCAACCUGCUAGAGCCGUACAUGGUUCAAUUAGUUCGAUUGGAUUUCGGCAAAUCAUGUUGUGGAAAUAAGCCAGCCACUAUCGUUGUUCGUGUUGGCAAUAAUCGUCCCGAUCUCGGUACCAAUCCAAUUUGUAACAAAUUCACCGGAGUACUUGAGGAGGGACAACCGCUCUUCUUGCCCUGCAAUCCCCCGAUGCCAGGUGCCUUUGUCUCGGUUCACCUCGAAAACCAAGUGCCCAGUCCAUUAUCGAUUUGCGAAGCGUUCGUCUACACCGAUCAAGCAUUACCCAUUGAACGUUGCCCCGUAUUCCGGGAUCAACCACCAGGCGCUUCGGCAUCCUACAACGGCAAAUGUUACAUUUUCUACAAUCGGCAACCGCUCAACUUGCGCAACGCAAUGGACUUUUGUCGGUCUCGCGGCGGUACUUUGAUCAACGAAAGCAAUCCGGCGUUGCAGGGCUUCAUUAGUUGGGAAUUGUGGCGCAGACAUCGCAGCGACACCAAUUCGCAAUACUGGAUGGGUGCCAUUCGCGAUGCCAAAGACCGAAAUGCAUGGAAAUGGAUAAAUGGCGAUGACGUGUCCGUAUCUUUCUGGAAUUUGCCUGGCGGAGAUGAGGAUUGCGCGAGAUAUGAUGGCACCAAGGGAUGGCUAUGGAGUGACACGAAUUGUAACAUGCAGUUGAAUUACAUUUGUCAACAUCAACCAAAAGCUUGUGGACGUCCUGAACAACCGCCAAACUCGACAAUGAUUGCACCACAAGGCUUCAAUGUUGGUGCUACGGUCGAUUAUGCUUGCGAUGAGGGACAUUUAUUGACGGGACCUCAACAACGUACUUGCUUGGAAACUGGAUUUUACGAUGAAUUCCCUCCCGUUUGCAGAUACAUUGAUUGUGGUUUACCUGCCUCCAUUUCGCAUGGAUCCUACGACUUGGUGAACGCCUCUACCAACUACUUGAGCUCCGUCAUCUACAAAUGUCAAGAAGGCUACGAAAUGGUUGGUCGUGCAAUGCUCACAUGCGACAUCGAUGAACGUUGGAACGGUCCACCGCCAAAAUGCGAGCCAAUUGAAUGCGACAAACUUCCAGAACAAUACAAAAAUGGCAAAAUCUACACUCCCAAUGGAACAUCGUUGAAUUCGCGUGCUGAGAUGAUUUGUCCUCGUGGCUUCAAAAUUGACGGACCGCGUUUUAUCAAGUGUACCAGCAGUGGUCAAUGGAGUGAACCGUUACGUGGAUGCAUAAGAGAAGAUUCUCCAUCACUACCUCCAAUAAUUGCCACAACGCCAGUACCGGCUACACAAUUUACACGUACGCGAGGCCCAACGUCGGCUUCGACACCGGCAAACACGACACCGUCACGCAGACCAACGACAGUUUCCACUUCACGAUUGCCCACAUCGACUAUCAGUGUUUCGAGCAUCUCGACAUCUGCACCGCCACAACCUUUCUCACCUACAAUUGUCGUGCGCGGCAAUACUGGCACCACGAACAAGAAUACAAAUAAAGAUAUCUCGUCAGGCAUCAUCAACGAUGACCUCUUACCGCCACGCAAGACAUCCAAGCCAACUCUCAUCACGCCACCGCCAACACCAAAACUAUCCUCAAACGCUCCGAAAUACGACACCACACCGAAGAACAUCCAAAACAUCAUUCACUCUGCGCAUCCGCAAGACAACGAGAUCGCCAGCAGUGUCAACAUUCGCCAAGACCAAGCGCCGAACGUAAAUGUGCCAUUCUCUGUUGAAAACGACCAAAAGGACAAUGGCAGCGCACGUUUGAACUUGGGAGCGGUUGUUGCUUUGGGAGCCUUUGGUGGAUUCGUCUUCCUGGCUGCCGUCAUCACAACAAUUGUCAUUUUAGUUCGAAGUACAAAGCCAUCAAUCCAUCAUCGGAGUCACCUCGCAAGUCACAAACAUUUCCUAAAACAUCCGUCCGAAUUGCCCUCGCGCUGGUACACCGUUCUCGCACUGCCAUUUCCGGACCAACGAUUGGGUCGACGGGACAUUCAUAGCAGCACGACGUUUGGUCGUGCGGGCGGCUUUUAUCCGUCGCGCGCUGGCUAUUUUAGCAAUCCAUCAAAUCGCACCACACAACAUUACCGUCACAGAGCGUCUCCCGAUUGCAAUACCGUAGCGUCCUUCGAUAGUUCAAGCUCCGAAUCACGAAACGGUCUUAAUAGAUAUUACCGUCAGGCGUGGGAAAAUUUGCACGAAUCAGCAUCGAAAAAUCACAAUAACGGUCUCCGACGCAAAGAGACGAUGGACCAACCGAACAUUAACCGCACAAGAGACAAUCUUGAAGCACGCAGUCGAGACUUGGACAGAUCGUCGCGUGAUGCUCGUCCCGCAGGACGUGAAUUCGGUGUCCGGGAUGGAAGUGAAAUGAUGGUUUCCGAUGUUUGUGUCAAAGGUGAAAAGAAACGCCAUCAUCAUCAUCACCACAAGAACAACCAUCGUAGUGACUUCCGUGAACCAAAUAUGAUGAGCAGCAAUGGUGGCAGACGUCAUUAUUGA